AUGACACUCCUUCAAUCGUUAAACGACUUCGCGCCCAGUGAAGCCACCGCUCCACCACCACCUCCGUCUCCUCCUCCGCCACUCGGUACAAUUCCGAUUCCGAGAAAGGUAAAAGAAUCUCUAUCUGCAGAGAAAUCAAGCAUAUCCUCCACAAAGACGCAGCUGUGGACACCGAGUCCCAUUUCGAGUUCGAAAAUCGACUCGGCGAAAUCGACAGAGCAUAGUAGCAGAAGCGGGGGUGGUGGGGGUCGGCCUUUGGCGGAAAUGAGGAGGCCCAAGACGGUGAUGGCGCGGGGCUUAGCCGGCCGGGAGAGGUCGUCGACCGGAGGGUAG